AUGGUCGCCGCCGCCGCCGGCGUGGGCGUGCUCGGUUGGAACCACGCACCCGCGCUGCUGCCCUACGGGCCAGACGUCGUCGGCGCGGCGCUCGUCGUGGGUGGGCUGGGCGCGGCUGCAUCGGCACGGAGCCGGUUGGGAGGGUCGGGCGGCGGCGGCGGCGGCGGCGGCGCGCCCGAGGAGAGCGCUCUCGAGGUGACUGUGCCGCGGGACCUGGCUACUGGCGAGGGCACCGGCGUGGAGCUUGAGGUGGUGCCUCAGUACGCGGCGCAGAAUCUGGAGGAGGAGGUGGAGAAGGAGCUCCUCGCCGGCGCCUCGCCUCGGAGAGUGCGCCAGCGGCUGAGCCCCAAAGUGUGGGUCGUCGACUGGGACGUCCGGCCGGCGCCGGUGUCCUUCCUGCUAGCGACGGCGAGCCCGUACGACGAGGUGGUCGUGCGGAUCACGUCGCCGGGCGCGCGCGGACCAGUGAGCGACUACGGCCUCGCGGCCUCGCAGCUCGGCCGCCUCCGCUCCGCAGGGCUGCCAACCACGGCGUGCGUCGACCUGGUCGCUGCGAGCGGCGCACUCGGCUGCCGCCGCAGACCUGCGCAGCAGGGACGCGCCUGCCGAGACGCCGCCCCUCUCCCCUCAGGCGGGUACAUGAUGGCCUGCGUCGCCGACAAGCUCCUCGCCGCCCCGUUCGCGUACGUCGGCUCCAUCGGAGUCGUCGGCGGGAGCCCAAACGUGCUCGAGCGGGCGGGCGUCGAGGUCGUCCAGAGGACGUCGGGGCGCUUCAAGCGGUCGCUGCAGCAGUUCGAGCCAAACACGCCCGAGGGGCUGCAAAAGUACCAGGAGGAGAUCGACGCCAUCCACGCCGCCUUCAAGGCGACCCGCACUCGGAACCGGUCCGGCUCCAUGGACGUGUCCGGGACGUGUCCCUCCUCCUCCCCCGCAGACGCCGCGGUGCUGCUCGUGCGCGCAAAGCCGCCCAGGCGCACCGGCCUCGCGGCCCUUCUCUCCCGCGGCGUCGAGGGCGCAGCCUCCGCCGCAGCGGCGCUCGCCGAGCUGGCAGGCGCCGGCCGAGGGCUCGCGAGCCAGCUCUCCUCCCGCCUCCGCCCCAGCGCCUCGCUCGCCGGGCAAGGGCUCGCCUCGGGCGCGGCGAGCGGCGCCUCGCCGACAGAGGCACCGCCGAGCUGA